AGUGAGAGAGAGGGGGCGAGGUGGUUGGCUAUUUUGUUAUAGGAAAAAAAUAGAGCUUAUGAUUGGGUAUUUUUAAAUGAAAGCACAAAGGCUUAUGAUUUCCAGAGAAGAAUUUAUCAACCUUCUUCUCUCUAUAACAUUUGAUCCAAGAAGAGAUUUUUGAUUUUUUUCAAAAACAGCAAAUCAUUUGUGGGGGUUUAGAUUUUGAAUGGAGAGCUUUAGAAAAGCUUAUGGGGCACUUAAAGAUUCAACCAAAGUUGGCCUAGCCAAGGUCAAUAGUGAAUUUAAGGAUUUGGAUAUCGCGAUUGUUAAGGCAACAAACCACGUUGAAAGACCUCCAAAAGAAAGGCAUGUUGCAAUGAUAUUUGCUGCAACAUCGGUUUCACGUCCACGAGCAGAUGUUGCCUACUGUAUUCAUGCUCUCUCUAGACGGUUGGCAAAGACACGCAACUGGAUUGUUGCACUAAAGUCGCUGAUAGUUAUUCACAGAGUUUUGAGAGAAGGUGAUCCUACAUUUAAAGAAGAGUUAUUGCACUUCUCUCACAGAGGACAUAUUUUUCAAAUAUCAAACUUUAAGGAUGAAUCCAGUCCACUCGCUUGGGAUUGCUCUGCCUGGGUGCGGACUUAUGGACUCUUUCUGGAGGAAAGACUUGAGUGCUUUAGGAGUUUGAAAUAUGAUAUUGAGGGGGAGAGAUUGACUAAAACUUCACCUGGAAUUAACAAGGUGCAUAGCAGAACAAGGCUCUUAAAUGGUGAAGAACUAUUAAAUCAGCUCCCUGCAUUACAACAACUUCUGUAUCGUUUGAUUGGUUGCCAGCCUGAAGGAGGAGCUUGCUACAACUUUCUUAUUCAAUAUGCCUUAGCUUUGGUUUUGAAGGAGAGCUUCAAGAUCUAUUGUGCAAUCAAUGACGGGAUUAUAAACCUUGUUGAUUUUUUCUUUGAAAUGCCCAAGCAUGAUGCUAUAAAAGCUCUCAACAUAUAUAAAAGAGCUGGGAAACAGGCUGAAAGUCUAGCUUAUUUUUAUGACUUCUGCAGAGGGUUGGAUCUUGCUCGGACAUUUCAGUUUCCUGUUUUGAAACAGCCUCCUGCUUCCUUCCUAGCAACUAUGGAGGAAUAUAUAAGGGAAGCACCUCAGACCGGUUCCAUGUCAAGUAGGAGGCUGGAGUAUAGAGAAACAAAGAAAGAACUUAAAAAGCCUGUAGAACCUAUCCUUGAAGAAAGGGAAGAGCAAGUUGAAAAUGAUAAAGAAGAAGAGGUUGAAGCGCAAGAGGAACCUCAGCCUGAAAAAUUAGAAGAAACUCCACCAAUGAUAUCAACUGAAGAGCCUGUUGAUUUGUUGGGUUUGAAUCAAGUGGAUCCAAAAAUUGCAGAAUUAGAGGAAAACAAUGCAUUUGCUCUUGCGAUUAUUCAACCUGGCAAAGAAAAUCCAUCAGCAAGUUAUCAGUUGAGUGAAAUUGGUAGCACAUCAGGAUGGGAACUGGCUCUUGUUACUGCAUCGAGCCACAACAUCAGUCAAGUCGCAUCAGAUAAAAAGUUGGCUGGGGGAUUCGACAAGUUAUUACUUGACAGCUUGUAUGAAGAUGAUGCAACUAGGAGGCAAAUACAACUGCAAAAUGCUGGCUAUAGUGCAGGAGGAUACGGGUAUGAAAUCCCUGGCCAAAAUCCAUUCAAUCAACACGAUCCCUUUGCCAUGUCAAACAGCAUAGCACCUCCAACAAAUGUACAAAUGGCAAUAAUGUCUCAGCAACAACAACAACAACUACUCAUGCAACAACAACAACACCAAUUCCCACAGCAAAAUAUGAUGAUGGUAUCACAUAGUCAGUAUCAAGCUCAACAAAUUCCAUAUAUGGCUUCCGCAAACCCUUUUGGUGAUCCCUUGUCCUAUCAACAUACCUCAAUUCCACCAAACGGAAACCACUCACUUCUUUAGAUUUCUUUCAACAACAUAACAUACCUUGUAUUCUUUCAUUGUUUUUCUAUAAGAGAAGUUCAUAUUAUCCUUUAA